AUGUCCGAGACCGUCUUUCCCCGUCGGUUUCGGGGAGGGACGCGGCGAGGCGGGCGCGCCGGACCGCGGGCGGGGACCGACCAGGCCGUGGGGGACCCCUGGGAGUGGGCAGCCUCCGGGGGCACAAGGGGCGGGCGGGGUGGCCGCUCGGGCGCCCGGGACGGCGGGACUGUGCUACUGCCCCUGGAGAUGCUGCUGAGCUGCCCCUUGCUGUAUGCGCAAGGCUCUGACAGUCCCGGCCAAGAGGACAGUGCAGUGUCCUCCUGCGGGCAGGACUGCCGGCCCUCCCGUGCCUCCUGGGCUGGCAGGAGCUUCAUGGGCUCCCAGGGUGCCCUUCAGUGUGGGCUCCGGGAUCAGCAGCAGCAGCCCUUAGAGGAUGACUCCUUUCAGGCAGGCACAGGGACAACCUUCCCCAGUAGUGACCGUGGGAGGGACAUCGCCAGAGACCGAAAGGGGUCAGCUGUGUGGCGAGAGGAUGCCGUGAAUAAUCCUAUACCUUCCAAUUUGAAAUCGGAAGCAAAAAAGGCUGCUAAAAUUCUAAGAGAAUUCACGGAAAUAACUUCCAGAAACGGACCCGAUAAGAUCAUUCCUGCCCACGUCAUCGCCAAAGCCAAGGGCCUUGCGAUUUUGUCGGUGAUAAAAGCUGGAUUUCUAGUAACUGCUAGAGGAGGCAGUGGGGUCGUGCUGGCUCGUCUUCCGGACGGAAAAUGGUCUGCACCUUCAGCCAUUGGGAUAGCUGGGCUCGGCGGAGGGUUCGAAGUAGGAAUUGAGGUAUCAGAUUUGGUAAUAAUUUUGAAUUAUGACAGAGCAGUAGAAGCUUUUGCAAAAGGUGGUAACCUGACCCUUGGAGGGAAUUUUACUGUGGCAGUUGGGCCCCUGGGAAGGAAUUUAGAAGGAAAUGUUGCCCUGAGAAGCCCUGCCGCUGUCUUUACAUACUGCAAAUCAAGAGGGCUCUUUGCUGGUGUAUCUUUAGAAGGCAGUUGUUUGAUUGAAAGGAAAGACACUAAUCGGAAAUUUUACUGUCGAGACGUCCGAGCCUACGACAUUUUAUUCGGAGAAACGCCGCGGCCGGCGCAAGCGGACGACCUCUAUGAGAUUCUGGAUUCCUUCGCCGCGAAGUACGAGCGCGACGGGCAACGAGCCAACGCCAGGAGAGCCGCGCAGGAGCGGAGGAGGCCCGCGGCUAGAGACUUACCUCCCAAGCCGCUGCCGAGCCCCCGGCCGACACCCGCACGAGCCCCGCUGGACGCUGGCUCCCAAAGUAACGGAAACAAGUCUAAGCUCUACCCUGAACUUUCCAGCUUUCAGGAGAGAGUUGGCCUGCCCGAGCCCUUGGAGGUGACGGCGCUGUAUUCCUUCGAGGGACAACAGCCCGGGGACUUGAAUUUUCAAGCCGGAGACAGAAUCACAGUCAUAUCAAAAACAGACUCGCAGUUCGAUUGGUGGGAGGGAAAGCUUCGAGGUCAAACUGGCAUUUUUCCAGCCAACUAUGUUGCCGUGAAUUAA